CUGGACGCUAUUUUAGUAACAAGCAACAUUUUAAUUUACAUGGGACUACUCAGCUUAUUGCGCAAAUUAAAAUCGAGGCCUGAUCAAGAAGUACGGAUCCUUCUUCUUGGCCUUGAUAAUGCCGGGAAAACGACCAUUCUCAAACAACUAGCUUCCGAGGAUAUAAAUCAAACCACCCCGACAUUGGGCUUUAACAUUAAAAGUGUGCAUUCGCAGGGUUUUAAACUUAACGUUUGGGAUAUCGGUGGUCUGCAAAGAAUCCGCCCAUACUGGAGAAACUAUUUUGAGAACACUGAUGUUCUCGUUUAUGUUAUAGAUAGCUCUGACAAGGAGAGGCUUGGAGAAACUGGCCAGGAGCUUGCUGAGUUGCUAACCGAAGAAAAGCUAUCCGGUGUCCCGGUCAUGGUGUUUGCCAACAAGCAAGAUCUGCCCACUGCUGAGUCCGCGGACAGGAUCUCCAACCGUCUUGACCUGCUGAAGAUAAGAGACAGGACGUGGCAAAUCCAAAGUUGUUCAGCCCUCAAUGGGCAGGGUAUUAAGAUAAGGUGAUGAGAAUCGGGUGCAUUUUUGUGCACAUUUGCCAUCCGAAGUAGCAUAACAGGUGAUUGAUCAUAGUCACUAUGGAAUGAGACCAGCGUGAGCAGAGAGUGAAUCCACUCGACCAUCAGCUCGAAACGGAAGCGAUUCAAAACCAACAACCAAAAAUUGCCAAGAUACUCAGUAAAAGGUUUUAACGGAUGCUUUUGCUUUUUAACGAUUUUGAAGGAAUGGAAUGGGUAAUGAAUGCGGUGAACGUCCGGAAGAAAAUGAAGUAGUCGCAACAACGGCCGGUGCGAUCGAUUUUGACGGAUAGUACACAAGCAUCGAUUUACAUCAUCAUAUUUAUUUUACAUACUAUACAUACAUACUAUACAUUACAGAGCACUGUGUUUUUCUUUCAGAUCGCCAUGUUUCAACAAUUUCUUGCUGUUUCUCAUAAAAGUUGUGCUGGCAGACUGGUUGACCAAAAUUACUUCUGACAACGUUCACUCUUCUCUUUAACAUAUUAGUGCACCCACCAUGCCUCGGGCAUGCGCAUUUUUGUGGUCAGCAAAUAUAUACCGUUACUUAGA